AAGGUUGUUUUGACGUCCUUGAUGGGUCUGAUAUCUUAAAUCAGUCGUAAAGUUCGUAUCUUUUGAUUCAUACAUACAUUUUCUGAAAAAACAAUAUAGAACUACGCAUAGAUGUCCGAUUUUAUCAUCCCUGUCACGAAAGCAGAUCUAUUGAAGCGAUCUAUUUCCAAUGCUUAUGUUGUAAACGAUGUGAUUUCCGUGAGAAAUUUAAGAAAUUAUCUACCAAGAUCUCAACGAUCUCUCACAAGUGAAGGAUUCACCUAUAUACUACAUGAGUUUGACACUUUGUUCAGCGUUCUGCAUGAAUGGCAGAAUGUUGACUCGGGAAUUAAGGAGAAUGCUUGGCACAUAGUUCUAAAAGGAUAUGAAGUUUGUGUACGUCAGUUAGGUUCAGUACUUGAAUCUACACAAGCUGGACAGUUAGUUCUUAAUCGAACUGAAAUAAAUAAAAAUCGAAAUGCAUUAAAAAUGCAUACAUAUUUAUUGUGUCAAUUUGUUGAUAUGUUUGAAAAUGAACUAAAUGCUAAUGCCAAAUCUGCAGUAGGCGCUAAUACCGGACGUGGUAGAGGAACCAAAGCUAGUCGUCGAGCUGAUCGUGCACCAUCUGAUUUACAAUUAUCUAUGGAUUGGUUUAUUGAAUGUGAAAAAGCCAUUAGUGCUCUUGAUCAAAUUUGUCGUUUACAACUAGAUAAACUUUGGGAUCCUCCAGUAGCUGAAGAAGAUUUCAUUAACUUACCAGCUAAUUGUUGUUAUAAAUUACUUGAAGAUCGUGAUAUGGCUAGUAAUGCUAAUAUACGUGCUGCAGUGAUCAAUUUAUUGGCGACAUUAGUUCGUCGUUAUGGUCAUAGUAUUGCAUGUUCCGUGAAAUUAGCUCAAUUAUUACAAUGUUUUCCACAUAUGGUUAAUUGUCUUAUGGCUAUUGUCAGAUCAUUUAUUGAAGAUGAAAAAAUCACUAGUGUUGUUCGUGAAUUAUUAAAAGAAAUUUGUAGUUAUAAUGGAGCAGAUUUAGAACGUGAUUCACAAGCUUCACAAAAUUUUUCCAAUUUUCUAAUAGAAAUAGCUCGAGCUUAUCCAUCACUGGCUCAAUCCAUCUUACCAUUACUACGUUGUCGACUUGAUGAAGAACCAUAUCAAAUGAGAAAUUGUGUAUUAGGUGUGAUUGGUGAGAUAUUACCAAUGUUUGCUAAACGUGAACAAUUAAAUGCAAAUGAACGUGUUCAACGAGAUCGUUUAAUGGAUUUGUUACAAGAGCAUAUUCAUGAUGUGAAUGGUUAUGUACGUGCAAAAGCUUUACAAAUAUGGCAUAAUAUUGUUGUUCUUGGAGGUUUACCAGUCAGUCGUCAAUCGAAAUUAGCCGCUUUAUUAGUUGGCAAUCUAGGCGCAAUGAUGGAUGUAUCAGCUUCAGCAAGAAAGAAUGCUUGUAAAACUCUUACAGCCAUGAUAUUGCAAUGUCCUGCUGCAAAGCUAACUACACAGGAAUUACAACAAGUUGUAAAUAAGGAGAAAAGACGUCUUGAUAGUUUAGAAGAAUUAUUAAUGCAUCAUAAAUCUGUUACUAAAGUCGGUACUAUUGAUGAAAAUGAAAUCACAACUAAUCAUGACAACAAUCAAAUUAACAUUCAGAAAUCAUUAAAGAAAAAGAAAAAAUCUAAAAAACGUAAAAAUUCAAAUGCCAAUGGAAUUAUUAGUAGUAGUAAUAGUCGAAAGAGAUCAACACGUCGUAGUCGUCGAUCAGUCGACUCAAAUGAUGAAGAACAACAAGUCAGUGAUAACGACGACAAUGAUAAUGAUGACGACGAGCGGGAGGAGUUAGAGGACGAAGAAGAUGACACUGAUGACGAAGUUGAUGUGGAUAGUAAUGAUGAUGAUGAUGAUGAAGAUGAAGCAAAUGUUACACUGUGUCCUACCGCAGAAUCUGAUGCUGCUGCAGCUCUAGAAGCAGCAAUUCAUUCAGCAGCUGCUGUUGCAGCGGAAACUAUCAGUGAUCCAUCAUCAGAAAAUAAUCAAGAUGGUAGUGGUAGUGGUGGUGUUGGUGCCGAUGCCGAUCCAACCACAGGACCAUCUCCAUUACGUUCAACAAGUGUUGCACAAACUGAAUUAACAUCAGAUGUUAUACGUCAACGUGCUUGUGUUGCUUAUCUCUUAGAAACAUCGGCAUUUAUUUCGCAUAUUCAAAUAGCAAUUAAAGAUUUUCAAUUAAUGCUUUCAUCAAAAACUAUGUCUGAUGUGAUUGAAGCUAUUGAAUUUUUUGUUAUUGCAAAACAAGCUGGUAUUAAAGGUUUAGAAAAUGGUAUACGUAUUUUAUUAACCUUGAUAUGGUCACAAGAUGAAACUGUUAAAAAAGCUGUUACAGAAGCAUGUCAAAAAUUAUAUCUUCAACCUGAUUCAGAAGAAUAUUUCAAAUCGAAUGGUACACUCCUCACAAUUGAAGGUGCUGAUUUAGUUGCAACUAAUUUAAGUAAUUUUAUACGUGAUUCUGAAAUUGGUGAUCUAGUUAGUAUGGAACGAAUUAUUCAACAAUUAAUUGCAUCCAAUCAAUUUGACCCAACUUUAAUAGAUUAUUUAUGGCAAAGAUUUAUUCAAUCAGCUAGUCGUAAUGAUAAAGAAAGUUCAAAUGAUGCAAAGUCUAUGUUGCUUAUUAUUAAAAUGAUUGUACAAUCUGGGGCUAAAGAGAUUAAUCGACAUCUUGAUACACUUAUUCGUCAUGGACUUGAACCUGUUGACUCAUCACAUCCUAUUGAUUUGGAACGAGUGAAAUUCACCUGUGAAGUACUUGAACGAAUGGUUCCAUCAACAAAGCCUGACAAAGCUGGUAAUAAAUCUCUACACAAUAAACCAUUUCGAUUACCUACGAAUCAUGCUUUAUUUGUUCGAUUAAAAACAAUUAUGAUUUCAACUGUAUCUCAACCAAAUCAAGUACUUUGGGUACCAAUGAUGGAAAAGGCUAUCAGUAUUAUAUACGACUUAGCCGAAGCACCCGAUUCUAUCAUGUGUCAUUUAUUACGUGCAACAGCUGAAAAAUUAAUACAAUACAAAUCAAUCACAGCGAAUAAUUUGAUGAAUGCAAAUGAACCCAUAGUAGACCAUAAUAAUGACAAUAAUAACAAUCAAUGCAUUGAUAAGAAUGACAAUGAUAAUGCGGAUGAUAAUGAUGAUGUGAAUCAUAACAAUGAACAAGAGAAUGUUCCACCUCUAUCUCAAUUAAAAUUAGAUCCAGAUAUGACAUCCUCAUCAUCAGUUAGUGUUAAUGUACCAGCAUUUCUACUUUCAAGAUUUUUAGCGCUAAUUGGUCAUAUUACAUUAAAACAAUUGGUUUUUAUGGAAUCCACUGUAUUGAAUGAAUUGAAACGACGUGCUCUCAUUCAAGAAGAUCAUGAUUCAAAACGAAAAUCAAAAUCACGUAAAAAUAUUCGACAAUCAAGAAUGUCAAUGUUAGAAAAUUCUGUCAAUGCUUCAUCAACUUUAACAACAGGUCAACCAACUGUUGAUGAAGAAUCUGGUCUAGUCGGUGUAGCAGCUGAUGAUACUGAAGCAGAUUAUAUACGUCAUAUAUGUGAUCAUGAAUUAUUAAAAUCACCUGAUGUUAUUCUACCGCCAUUAUUAAAUUUUGUCACUUAUGUUUGUUCACAUCCAUCAAGAUUUACAGAUGAAACUGUACAGGCAUCCGCUAGUCUUGCACUAGCAAAAAUGAUGCUUGUCAAUGCUGAAGUAUGUGAACCACGUCUUCAGUUAUUAUUUACAAUGGCUGAACGAAGUCAAUCAGAAAUAGUUAGAGCUAAUUUAAUUGUAGCAUUGGGUGAUUUAUGCCGUCGUUUCCCUAAUCUCAUUGAACCAUGGACACCGAAUUUAUAUGCACGACUACGUGAUACAUCAGCGAAAGUUCGUACCAAUGCAUUGAAUACAUUGAGUCAUUUAAUUUUAAAUGAUAUGGUAAAGGUUAAAGGUCAAAUUAGUGAAAUGACUGUUUGUUUAGUUGACGAAAUUGAUCGAUUGAAUAUUUUGGCUCGUCGAUUUUUUCAUGAAUUAUCACAAAAAGGCAAUUCAUUGUAUAAUGUUGUACCAGAUAUAAUCAGUCGAUUAAGUGAUCCAAAUAUUGGUGUUUCUGAAGAACAUUUCCGCUCAAUCAUGGAGUUUCUUAUUCCAUUGAUUGUCAAAGAACGUUUAUGUGAAACAUUAGUUGAAAAGCUAUGUGCCAGAUUUCGUACAACAACUUUAGAACGACAAUGGCGUGAUUUGUCAUUCUGUUUAAAUGCAAUGCCAUUCAAUGAUCGAAUGAUGCGAGUAUUAUAUGAGAAUUUACCUGCAUUCGCAGAUAAAUUAUGCAUUCGAGAAGUGUACGCUGCAUUUGAUUCUAUUAUAUCGAAUGUAAAGAAAUUAAUUAAACCAGACAAUAUGGCUAGACUGGAAGAAUUUGAAGCAAAAGUAAAAGAGUUUCAUGAAAAAGGUGUUGCUGAUGAGGCUGCAGUUAGACGUGCAGAAAUUGCUGCCAAAACAGCUAAACAACGUUCACGUCCUAAUCGUGUAUCACAUAGUUCCAGUGUGGUGGCAGGAAAUACCAGUGAAGUUAGCCGUAGAAAUUUACGACGUACUACAACGAAUAGUCGAACAGCAGUUAUACGACGAGAUAACAAUGAUGAUGAUGAUGGCGACGACAAUGAUCCUAAUGAAAUUGAAGAUGUUACUCCAACGAAUCGUACGAAAAAUACACGUAACACACGUACUCGUGCUCGUACAAGGAUUAUUUUCAGUUCAGAUGAAGAGGACGAAUAAAUUGAAUAAUGUAUUUUAUAUAUGUAUAUUUUUUUAAUAACAAGAAAAUUGUUAAUCGUCAUUCUCUAUUGCAUAUUUCAGUGUUAUCUAGAUAGAUAGAUAUAUAUGUUGAUUAU